AUGGAUAACCCAUACACUCUCCAGAGCCUUGUGGCUCUUACGCGGACGACGUAUUCUUCAAUUAUUGAAAAAAUAAAGGGUAUGAAGGUCCUCGUUUUGGACUCUGAUACCAGUGGAAUGAUAUCUCUUGUUCAUACUCACUCGUAUCUCUUGGAAAAUGAAGUACUUUUGACCCUAAAAAUAGAUGAUGGAACUGUUUUCAAUAGCGGUAAUCUAAAUAGUAACCUUCGCCAUCUCAAGAGUCUAUACAUCCUCCAACCUACAAUGGAGAACGUCCUUAAACUCUCUAAUGAACUGCAAAAUCCUCACUUUAAGGAAUACUAUCUCUUCUUUACAAACGAAGUAAAUAAAGAGUUUCUGGAGCUAAUCGCAAAGGGGGAUUCUCUGGAGCUUGUCAAGGGUGUCUACGAAUACUUUGUGGAUUUUUACGUCAUAUCUGACACUCUAUUCACACUCAACAUUAAGGAUUCUUCGGGACUGUACGCAAAAGACGUAAACUUUAUGCUAAAUCCGACAGUUUCCAGGAUAGUAAAGAGCAUAUAUUCACUAUCAUGUCUAGUUAAUCAAAUCCCGACAGUCGUCUGUAAAAAGGGGAAUAUGUUAUUACAAACAAUAUCGAGCAGAAUACAAGCGGAAUAUAACAAUAAUACGCUUAACCUGCAAGCGAUUCUGCAAUCAUAUGGAGUGUAUAAUAGGGAAUGUGCACCUGCAACAUCUGGAUGCGUGCUUCUAAUCAUGGAUAGACGAGAAGAUUGUGUAACACCUCUUCUUAAUCAGUGGACUUACCAAGCCAUGAUUCAUGAACUUAUAGGAAUGAAUGGAAUGAACAGAGUUAGCAUUGGCGGUUCAGAUUAUAUCCUUAAUGAUGAUUUCUAUGGUAAACAUGUAUAUACAGAAUUUGCUGACGUUGAAAGUGCUCUUGAUGUACUAAUUAAAGAGAGCAAGAGUGGAACUACUGAUGUUUUUAGAAUGGUUGAAAAUCUACCAACACAAUCUAAAAUGGUGAAUGAAACUAGUAGGCACGUUACCAUAUUGCACGAGCUGGCAAGAAUUAUCCAAGAAAAGGGGCUCUUAAAGAGCGGCUUGUUAGAGCAAGAUUUAGUCAGCAAAAGGGCAAAUUUUCAAGAGGUUGUGGAUCUGAUUGGUGGAAAGGUGGAUGUAAAGGAAAAGAUCAGAGUUGCACUAUUGACUGCUCUUAGGAAUCAAGACAAAAUUGGAAAAGUAAAGGAUUACUUGAGAAUGAAUGGGUUGGAAGGAGAAAUGAGCAUUGUUGAUAAAGUAGUCAAUAUGAGCACAGAAGUAGCUAAACAAGCGCCAGAAUUUGGAAUCUCUUUGUUCGGCAGAAAGGAUUCUGAAAGUCCGUAUCUGCAGCAUAAAUCGCAACUGUAUACUACACUUCACAAAAUAAUAAAGGGCAAAUUGGAGCCGGAAGCAUACACAAUCGUUCCGAGUGCCUAUGAUUUAGGCUACACACUAAAGUCAAAACCUGCAUCGAUCAUGGUCUUUAUAAUCGGAGGUGCAACGUUUGCGGAAUCUCGUGACUGUAGUAUAGUGACUCGUGAGACUGGAAUUCCAGUCGUCUUGGGUGGAACAUUUAUUCACAAUUCUGAGACUUUUCUCGAGACUCUUCCAUCAAUUUAG